AUGUCACCCCCACACUUUGGCCUCAAAGGCCUCCUAUCCAGCAUAUCUACUACUGCUACAUCUUCCUCUUCCUCUUCUUCUUCCACCAUCAAACCCCCCCGAACAGACGCCUCACACACAAACACAUCCACAUCCACAUCAAGACCCUCCACCACCACGAAACACCACCUAUCCAACCCCCUAUCCAACCCCCUAUCCAACCCCCUAUCCACCGCCAGCAACAAAACCACAACCAUAAACCCACAAGACAUCCUCAAGUCCCUCACCGCCAACCUCCAACACCACAUAGACGAAGCCCGCGCGCACAACGACAGCCUCGAGCGCGAGGUGCAGAGGCUAAAGGGCGACAAGCAGGCUUUGGCCCGGCAGCUCGAGGAUGAAAGGCGGGUUUCGGCACGGUUGAGGGGGGAGAGGGCGGAGUUGAGGGGCGUGGUUGAGGGGUUGAGGGGUGGUGCUGGUUGUGCUGGUUGUGGUGCUGGUGGUGGUGUUGGGGCGAGGCGUGAGAAGGAGGAGGAGGAGGCGUUUCUUGUGCUGAGGCGUGGGCUUAGGGAGUUGGGGGGUGUGGUCGAGGGGUUGAUUUCUGGUUCUGGUUCUGGUUCUGCUUCUGCUUCUGCUUCUGCUUCUGCUUCUGCUUCUGCUUCAUCGACGCUGGUGGCGGUGGUGGACGAUGGUGCUGGUCUGCGGAAGGCUGGUGAGGUGUUGUCGGCGUCGUCGCAUGGCGGUACGGGUCUCGCUCGUGGACGGCAUGGUCAGGAUGGGAAUGAGGUGCCGGUUGGUUUCAGGCUGGGGUACAAGAGGAAAGCUUUGCUGGUGAAGCAGAGGGUGGAUAUGCUGCGGUCGAGACGGAAAGAGGAGCCCAGGAUUGGAUUGAAGAAACCUGGGUCGGUGAAGAGCGGCGGUAAGGUUGUGGCUCACGCAGGCAGAGGGCGCGAUCAUCAUCAUCAUCGUCGUGUCCAUACACAACCAAGCUCAGAACGCGUCGUCUACCGAAAGAUCUCCAACCCCAUCCCACUACACCCCUCGUAUCGUCAAAUCGACCGACCAGACACCAGCCGAGAUGCCAACCCACCCCCUUCAACCACCACCACCACCACCACCACCAACAAAGCCUCCCGCUCCAACAACGACAUCCUCGACACCCGCACCUUCAAAUCCCCACCACCACCUUCCCUAGACCCCUCUCCCCCGCCAUCCCUGAGAAUCGCAACACCCCCGGUCCCCAAGCCUCACGAUUCCCACCCCCCUGAAAAGGCCCUGCCAGCCGCGCUCACUUCGCCGCCGCCGCUGAGACUGCCUCUGCCUGAGCCGCCUGUUCCUGCUGUUGUGCCGGCUGUCCCGCCGCGUAAGAAGACGGAUGAUGCGCGUGGUGUUGGGCGCGGUGCUGAGGUGCGUGGGCUGGGUGGGCUUGGGGAUGAGGCUGUGGUGGAUGGGGGGGUGCAGGUUGUGCCUGUUGUGAUGGCUGGGGAGCGUGUGGGUGCGCCGCUGACGGUGACGAUGCUUCCAGCAGCAGUGAUACCCAAGACGGCUACGGACUCGCAGCAUGCUGUUCGACCGCUGACUGCUGGGAAGGCAUCUGCCGAUGCAACGAAUUUCUCGCGCCGGACGCAGGGUUGUGCUUCGUCUUCGUCUUCGUCUUCGCCGGCUCUUUCUCAUUCUCUUUCUCACUCCCCAUCACAACUACCAUCCCAAUCCCAAUCACCAUCACAAUCUCAAUCCCAAUCCCAAUCCCCGUCUCAACCCCCCUCUCCCUCCCCCUCUCCCUCCCACCGCUCUCUGCACACAUCCUCACACCCAUCCUCCCCACGCACCGCCUCCACCACCGCCUCCACCACCACCUCUUCCUCUUCUUCCUCUCCCCACACAACACCCCGCACCUCGCACGAGUCCCUCGCCUCAUCGCUCUCCCACCGUUCGACGGCGAAGCCGGGCAAGCAGGUGCCUGAUCAGCGGGGGCAGGGGCAGAGGCAGGGGCAGAGGCAGGGGCAGAGGCAGGGGCAGAGGCAGAGGGUGGUACCGCCUUUACCACCUCCUCCAGCUGCACCAGCUGCAUUACAACUGAAAUUGCGAUUGCCGGUUGGGAAGACGAGGCGGGAGAGGGUGAGGCUGGGGGAGGUGAGGCGGGAGAGGGUGAUGCAGGAGAGGGUGAGGCUGGGGGAGGUGGGGCAGGAGAGGGUGAGGCAGGAGAGGGUGUAUAGCCAGGUUGCGGCUGUGCCGCUGCCGUUGAGGGUUGGUAGGAAUACGGCUGUUGUUGGGGAGGAGGAAGAGCAGUCGGAGGGUGGAUGA